AUGAUGGAUGAGCUGGUGCAGGACUUUGUGUCCGCUCUGGAGCAGACCUCAGAGCAAAGCAAGCUGGGGGAUCUGUGGCAGGAAAUGGUCCUGAGUCCUCUUCACCAGCGCCGGCAGAUCCGCCGUCGCAGAGGUCGCAAGCGCUAUCGUGAAUCUUCCCUCUAUCCGCUGCAGCACAGACGAUGCUGGAUUGAAGCCUCGGAGUCCAGCUUGGACGAGACUAAAGGAUACAGGGAGAACUCUUCCUCAACCAUCGGUGCCUCUGUGGCCAACUGCAGUGACUCUGACGACGUGAUUCCAACCAACCGAUGGCGCUCCGUCAUGAGAGGCCCGGUCAGGACUAGGCAGCCCUCCUGGCCAGAGUCCGACUCCUUCACCGAGAACAAUCCAGGACGGCAACUCAGGAGGCGAAGGAAGGUCAAGCGUAUGACCUCAGACGUCACAGUUAGGUUGCAGCAGAAGUUAAAGGUUUCUGGUGUAGAUGGGAAACGGAGACACAGGCCAUCUAGGAUGCAACAUCUUUCAGGAUCGAAGAAGAGGUCUGGGGGCUGGGUGGGAGCAGACCGACAGACUGAAGGAGCCAGGCUGAUGGGAAAGGAGUGCUGGAAGAGAAAGAUGGCCAAGGAACACAGAGAUGCAGCAGAUGAGAACAUGUCUGAGGGGGAAACCAGCAGCACAUGCAGCAGUGACCCUGGCCUGUUCACCAAUGAUGAGGGAAGACAAGGCGAUGACGAGCAGAGCGACUGGUUCUUCGAGGGGGACUGUGGAGUCGGGACGAGUGUCGCCGGCCUGCUGCCCGGAUGGGACUCAGACAACCAGCUUUCCCUCGAGGAUAACCGUCCUCCACCCACCUUCCUGCAACCUGCACGGCCCUCUCACCGAGGGUAUCGGUAUCAUUCACGCCUGAAGCGAGUGCCUGGCUCUGCUGCCUGCUGCAUCAGGAAGGACAAGAGGCGGCUUCCCAGCAAGGGCAACGGCAUGCCAGUGUUUGUAGAGAGACUGAGACACUUCUCCCAAGAUCCUUACCAGAGAGACUUUUGGCGGCCUUCUGUUGGAAAACGAGACCGAAGCCAGUUGAACCCUUUGUGCCCAUUACCAGUGUGUCCUAUUGACAUGGUGUCAGAGAGCUCCCGUCACAGAUGUUCUUCCUCAAUCUGCAGAAACAGGCAGACUGACGUCUCCUGUGCAUACCAGUCCCGGAGUGACAUCAGGAGGAGGGAAACAGAAGCUGUGUCCGUCACAACGUCAGCGAGCAACCCAUUUCAUAAGGAUCACCGGAGAGAAGGGGCACAUGGAGCCAGUAACACCUCAACCCUAGUGGGACCAAGUGCACCGGGUUCACAGAGUUUAUCUUCCCUCCAGGGGGACCAAGAGGAACCUGAACGGGGCUGGACAAGCACACCGAAGUGACAAAUGAAAAGCUAUUGUGCCAGAAAAAGAAAAGGCCACUCUUGCUGCACAAACUAUAUGACAAAGAACAAAAAUACAAAGCACAUCAUUACUCCUCAAAUCAGCAUGUUACGGCUAGAUCCAGUCUUCACAGGCAGUGUAUUAAGCAUGACAAAUGUUAAUGCAAUCAAGCCUUGUUAAGCCCUCAACCUUCAAGAAGCUCCUCGUUUGACUCAAGACUGGACGGCUCCUCCUGUUUCCACACACAGUCCCCAGGGCCACCUGCUACCGCACGAUCCAACAAUUAUGUCCACUCUAGUAGCGCAGCGUUUGUCAGCGGGAACACUGGGAGGAUGGUAUGGUCAGCAAUCACCUGACAAAGGCACCUAGGAGGCGAGUGAAUGAGUGAUGCCUGGUCUGUCUGCUCCAGCAUAGUGGCUUCUAGUGUCCACCGAUGGGUGGAGAGGUGUUGAGGAAAGAGGAGAGAUAAUGCAGUCAUAAACUCUGUUUGAACCUCUUCUGUAUGCAUGCAGGCCAACCCUUUGGUCCCCCGGGUCACAGGUCAGUGGGGAAUUUGCUUCUUUUCUUUUUUUUUUUGUGGCUCCUUUCUUGUCAGUGGCGUUUGUUCUUGCUGUGUAGUGAUGAUAGAAACACAUGCAAAAGAGGCUCUCUGGUUCCUGCUGACAAAUGCAUGUUGCGAGUCACCGUGGUUCAACUCACUUUGGGUUUCAAAAGUGAUCCGGUUUGAUCUGGUCACCCUUCUUUUCACAAUGAAAUCCAACCUUGUGUGGUCAGGGUUUCCUGUGAUUGUGGCAAUGCUGCACCAGCAAUGAUCAAUAUGUUUGACAUUAUCUUGUGUUUUCUUUGGCAGCUAAAUGUAUUUAUAUAUUUGCCUUGUUCAAUGGAAUGUCAGACUUGAUAUUAUCCAUGAAGCCAUGCAUUUAAAGUGAUCGCACUGUAUAAAAUGUGUAGUAUUUAUGAUGUGAUGCAUAGUUAUAGGUCCACUUAAUUGAGGAUUUAGGUCUGAGGACAUUAAAUUAAUAAAUUCAAUUUCAUGAUAGAUAGUAGAGUAGAUAUGUCUCUCUAAUUUUUUACUGUCGUAUUUUUCAAUUUUAUUUACAAGGAUUUAAAUAUAUCUCCCUGAUAUCAGGGCGCUUAGGCAGCUAUCCACAUUUGAUACGUAGUACAAAUAACAUCUUAUCUCAUAGGCUGUUAUCUUCAUAUUUAAUAGCAGUGGAGGCAUGCCUAAUUGCUUUGCAAAUGAUCUAAAGAGGAUUACUCCUCCCUUGUAAAGCCUGCACGGUGUCACUAGAUGUUAGAGACACAUGACAAUGGUAACAUUCAAUCAGACCUGCAGUGCAGCAUUUAUGCAGUAGCUCUGUUUUCUAUGAUGGUGUUGUUAUGUUAAAAUAAGUGUCAGUAUGAGGUGGAUGUUCAUACAUAAUGUAUUCAAAAGGAGAGUAUCCUUUUGAAUACAUUCUGUAUGAACAUGAUUAUAGACUAUUCUGGGUAAGAAGCUGUUUUAAGAAGUUGUAGUUCUAUUAAUGUCAUUUGUGUAUUUUCUAUUCUUUUUUUUUUUUUUAAGAUGAUGUAAUGUCAUGUCAUCUGUGAUGUUUUAAUCAUUCCUACAUGUCAUGAGUAUUCAUAGAAAAAAAAACUGCAGUAUCUAUUUAUUUCAAAUACUGAAAUUUGUGUGCAAUAAAUAAGUGUUCAUGA